CUUAAAAUUUCAGUCUUCAGGAGGAUUUCAUUGAAGACAGAUCGAAAUGGCUAAAUUUGUCCUAAUUGUAACAGCUCUAUUGGCUGUAUUAGCUUUUGCUAAAGCCACUGAAGAGGAGGAAGUACCAGCAUUUGUUAAAAUUUUCAAUGAAUUACACAAGGAUCCAGCGCCACAACAAGGGUCUACGAGAGCUAAUGUUAAAACUUUAUGGAUUGAACAGAAAUUGGAUCAUUUUGAUUCCAAUGAAACUAGGACUUGGCAAAUGCGUUAUAUGUCCAACGAUGAGUUCUUCAAACCCGGUGGUCCCAUAUUUAUCUAUGUGGGCGGUGAAUGGUUUAUUUCCCCCGGUUUCAUAACAGGUGGUCAUGUUUACGAUAUGGCUAAGGAACAUAAUGGUUAUUUGUUUUAUACCGAACAUCGUUUCUAUGGCGAAAGUAAACCCACUGAACAUAUGACCAAUGAAAACUUGCAAUAUUUAAGUGUUCAACAAGCUUUAGCCGAUUUGGCUCAUUUUAUACGCACCAUGAAGGCCACCAUACCGGGUUUGGAAAAUUCAAAGACUAUUUUGACUGGAGGUUCAUAUUCGGCGACUAUGGUGACUUGGUUUAAGAAAUUAUAUCCCGAUUUGGCCGCUGGUUGUUGGGCCUCUAGUCCUCCUUUGUAUGCUAGAAUUGAUUAUUACGAAUACAAAGAAAUCAUGGGUCAAUCUAUUAAACUAGUAAGUGGUGAUACUUGUCACGAUCGCAUCAAACGUGGUUUUGAUGAAUUAGAAUCGAUGUUUGCCAACAAACGUGGAGCUGAAGUCAAAGCUAUGUUGAAAUUGUGCAAUUCAUUCAACGAAAAUAAUGAUUUGGAUGUAUGGACAUUGUUCUAUGAAAUUUCUGAAUUAUUUGCCAAUUUGAUACAAGCUCACAAUGAUGGCGAUAUCCAAAGUGCCUGCAGACGUAUAAUGGACGGUUCCAGUGAUGUUGUGGGUUUGGCUAAUUAUAUUGUAUAUAAAUUUAAUGCCAGAACCUGUACCGAUAUGUCAUAUCGUGGUUAUUUGAAUAUGUUUAAGGAUUCUGCCUAUAGCACCAAUAUUAUGCGUCCUUGGAUUUAUCAGACCUGCAAUGAAGUGGGUUGGUAUCAGACCUCUACCUCACGCAAUCAACCUUUCGGUACUAAAUAUCCUUUGGUAUUCUUUACUACUCUCUGUGGUGAUGCUUAUGGUGAAAAGUUUACCAAGGAAUAUAUUGAAAAACGUUUGAUAGAAACCAAUAAAAUCUUUGGUGGUCUUAAUCCGGAAGUAGAAAAUGUUUAUAUGACUCAUGGCCAAUUGGAUCCUUGGAGAUCGGCUGGUUUAGAAGAUCCUGAAAAAGUUACCAUAAUACCUUACCACGCCCACUGCAAAGAUUUGGGUUCGAUUAGCGAUCGGGAUACCCCUGAACUUAGAGCUUCUAAGGAGAAGGUAGCUGCCUUGGUUAGACAGUGGUUGGCUUAAUUGCACGCGCCUGUUUUAAUUUUAGCAUGAAUUUAUUAUUUUCUUUUUAAUUUUUCCGAUUUGUACAGUAUUUAUUAUUUUAUUGUAACAAUAAAUUCAUUUAAUAUUUUUUUAAGAUUA